UUGUCCUGAAUCGAAUCCCUGCCCUUUUUCUUUACACUUCGAUGGCAUGGCUGUGAAGGGUGUGGUCUUUGACAGAAAAUCAACUGAGACAGCAGAUGAUCCUAAGAUACUUAUUUGCAAUUCACCAAAUGCGGAAUACUUUUGUUCACCUAACCCCUGUCGCAAUGGAGGCACAUGCAUGGGUUCUCCUGGUCAUACGCCAGCCUACACAUGUCAGUGUGAUCUGGGAUACGAUGACACAGAUUGUGAUGUUUCUGUACAACUUCUUAUCGUCAACCCCGAUAAGACCGGACUUUGGGUUGCAAAUAUAAGUGACUUUGUAUUCUCGAGUUUCAUAGAGCUCGGGGACUCCGCGAGGAUCGGAAAUGUAUAUUUUGAUGACGGGGUUGACGCACUCUAUUGGGGAAAUCUUGCGACUCCUGACUGGAGUAUCUUUCUGAGACAGAUGACUUUCGACAUUUUGAUGGUUAAGUUGGGAAUGCCAAACAGAACACUCCUCUCCAAUAAACAUGAAGCUUUAUAUCCUUGUCUCACCAUGGACGUGAAGAAGCAGGAGCUUUACUGGGCAGAAUAUUUAACGGGAUAUAGGCGUCGAACCGUAGGAGAAGAAGAAGCUUUGUACGGGAUUGUUUCCGAUUUAGGCAAGAUACCUGGAAGCGUGAAUCCCAGUCGGUGUGUCAUUGAUCAGCAGCGGAGAUAUUUCUAUGCUAUCGGGUUUAUCAUGGGCAGCAACAACCUGGCGAUUACUCGAUUUCAUUUAGACAGUUGGCAUUCCGAAAUUAUCUCCUCAGAUGUAGGUUCUCCUUCAAUGUAUGGAUUGACAAUAGAUGAAAAAGGUGAAUAGUAACAAAGAA